GCCACCUUGCCAUCUCUACGCUGAUCAUGUUUUCUGUGUUUGGACUCUCCAUCUCCGUCUCGGCCACGGAACUUCUCCUGGUCUCCACAAUCUUCUGCCUGGUAUUCUGGGUGUUAAGGGCCUGGCAGCCUCGGGUCCCCAAAGGCCUGAAGAGUCCACCAGGGCCCUGGGGUUGGCCUCUGAUUGGACACAUGCUGACCUUGAGGAAGAGCCCACACCUGGCCCUGUCGCGGCUGAGCCAGCGCUAUGGGGACGUGCUAGAGAUCCGAAUUGGCUGCACACCUGUGCUGGUGCUCAGUGGCCUGGACACCGUCCGGCGGGCUCUGGUGCAGCAGGGCGAUGAUUUCAAGGGCAGGCCCGACCUCUACAGCUUCACCCUGAUCUCUGAUGGCCAGAGCAUGACCUUCAACCCAGACUCUGGACCUAUGUGGGCUGCCCGCCGGCGCCUAGCCCAGAAUGCCCUGAAGAGUUUUUCCAUCACCUCAGACCCAGCUUCCUCAUCUUCCUGUUACUUGGAGGAGCAUGUGAGCAAGGAGGCUGAGGUCCUCAUCAGCAAGUUCCAGGAGCUGAUGGCAGGGGUUGGACACUUUGACCCCUACAGGUAUGUAGUGGUAUCAGUGGCCAACGUCAUCUGUGCCAUGUGCUUUGGUCAGCGCUAUGAUCAUGAUGACCAAGAGCUACUUAGUAUAGUCAACCUGAAUAAUGAGUUCGGAGAGAUGGCUGCUUCUGGAAAUCUGACUGACUUCUUCCCUAUCCUCCGUUACCUACCCAACCCUGCCCUGAGUAUCUUCAAGGACCUGAAUAAGAAGUUCUACACCUUCAUGCAAAAGAAGGUUAAGGAACACUAUAAAAUGUUUGAGAAGGGCCACAUCCGGGACAUCACAGACAGCCUGAUCGAGCACUGUCAGGACAAGAAGCUGGAUGAGAACGCCAAUAUCCAGUUGUCAGACGAGAAGAUUGUUAAUGUCGUCAUGGACCUCUUUGGAGCUGGAUUUGACACAGUCACAACAGCCAUCUCUUGGAGCCUCUUGUACCUGGUGACGAGCCCCAGUGUGCAGAAAAAAAUCCAGGAGGAGCUUGACACAGUGAUUGGGAGGGCACGGCGGCCCCGGCUCUCUGACAGAUCCCAGCUGCCCUAUAUGGAGGCCUUCAUCCUGGAGACCUUCCGACACUCCUCCUUUGUCCCCUUCACUGUCCCCCACAGUACCACCAGAGACACAAAUCUGAGUGGCUUUUACAUUCCCAAGGGGCGUUGUGUCUUUGUGAACCAGUGGCAGAUCAACCACGACCAGAAACUGUGGGAUGACCCAUCUGAGUUCCGGCCAGAACGGUUUCUCACCCCCAAUGGCACUAUCAACAAGGCACUGAGUGAGCAGGUGAUUCUUUUUGGCCUAGGCAAGCGGAAGUGCAUCGGUGAGACCAUUGCCCGCUUUGAGGUCUUUCUCUUCCUGGCCAUCCUGCUGCAGCAGGUAGAAUUCAGCAUGCUACCAGGUGUGAAGGUGGACAUGACCCCCAUCUAUGGGCUGACCAUGAAGUAUGCCCGCUGUGAGCACUUCCAGGUACAGGUUCGCUUUUAGGGGGCUGAGACCCCUG